AUGUCAGUAGUAUACAAGAUAAAGCUAAAUAUCAAUUUUCGAUAUACAAUGCAACCAAACAGUAAUCGACCAGUUUUUAUUGUUCAGCCAUCGAAUAUAACUCAUCUAAAUGUUCGACCAACAAUUAUUACUACAGGUGGUCAACCGAUUCAACCUCAAUUUCCACAACAACAACAACAACAACAGCAACAAACGCAGUCACAACUUGUAUAUCAGAUUCCAACUGUAAGACAGCCAACAAUGCCACAACAGGCAUCCACACUUUAUCAAGUCCAGCAGCAACAACAACAAGCACAGCCUCGUCUGGUUACAUCGACACCAGUCUAUAAUUCCUCGCAUCCACAACGAUUUGUUACAUCACCACCACAAAUAAUAACACCUAAUGCAAAUAUGUCUCCACGUUUGAAUACACUUCAAACAACGCAACGUCCAUUGAUGACUCCAACACAAGCAACAACAGUGCUCUUGGGACCAGCUGCUCCAAAAGUCUCUACACCGCCAACGAUUGUAGCAGCAGCAACUCCAGUGCCAGCUCCAUCACCGGCGACAACUUCACCACAUCCACCUGGCACCAAAGAAUUCAUAGUUAGAGUUCCGAAACCACAGGCGCAAUAUGGAGUGAUGGAAUUUGCCAGUGGUGUAUCCAUUGAUGUCAAAGAAUGGAAAUCGAUUCAAAUGCAACGUGAAAUCAACUCAUAUACUUAUCGUCCACCGACAAAUCUUGAUCAAAGUAACGCAUCUUCGACAACAAUUACAACGUCGCUUGGCGUCACUCUACCGAAAACCGGUGCUGGCAGUGAAUAUGGUCGAGAACAAAAGGAAGCAUUGAAACGAAAGCGCUAUGCUACGAAAGGAACAAAUAUGGAAGAUCUUCCUUGGGUACUAACAGAUCGUUCAUCCGCCGAUAAAAAAUGGAGACAUUAUCGAGGAAUGAAGAAAGGAGGUGUCACAACUAACUCGUCGUACUAUGUUUUUAUUCAAGGCAAAGAUGGUUUCGAAGCAUUUCCUGUCGAAGAUUGGUACGGUUUUACUCCAACGAAUGUGUAUAAGACACUAGACUUCGACGAAGCCGAAAAACAGUUUCAAGAACGACAUAAACAUCACAGCAAAUGGUAUCUAAUGCACAAAGUUAAAAGUGAGAACGACCCAGGUGAUGAUGGUGACAAUGAUGAUGAAAAAGGCAAGAAAAAAACCGGCAAAGGCAAACGUGAUUUCAAAUUACUUGACGCUGAGGAGUGGGCCAAUGAUAAUGAAGAAGAAGAAGACGACGAUGACGACGAUGGAGAUGUUGAUGGUGAUAAUGACAAGUCGAAUAAAAAGUCCAAAACUGGUAAAAAGAAUAGUAAGAAGCCGAAGACAGCUUGGACUUUAAGUGAUGAAGAAGAAGAAGAUGAAUUAGCGCAAAAGAAAGCCAAAAAAGCAAAGAAGGCUAAAUCCGAGAAAAGCGACGGACAAAAGGAGGAUUCGGAUGAUGGAGAUCAAGAAGGCUACGAAGUCGAAUACACCAGUGAUGAAUUAUCUUCUGAUGAAGAUGGAAAAGAUGGUGCAGCAGAGAAAUACGAAAUCAAAGGUGUUGAUGAGGAAAUGAAAGUUGUGCCGGACAUUGAAAAGAAAUUGGAACAGAUGGAUGAAAACAAUGGCGAAAUAGACUUUUUCGAUGAUGAUGAAGAGGAAGAAGUUCCAGAUAUGGAUGAUAUGGAAGAUGAAGCGGGUAAAGGCUCAGGUGGUGACCUCAAUGAUUUCGGUAAACUGUUUGCGAAUGAUGCAAUCAAAGAAAUAGAAUCAAGUUCGGAUGAUGAUGAUAUGGACGAUUCGGACGAUCCAGACAAAGAAUCAAACGAACCAGUUGCUAGUUCAGUGAAUAGUCAACCAAUUCCAUCAGAACAAGUGAAAACUGAAAAAGGCCAUAAGAAAGCUCGAGAAGAAGAAAUGCGUGCAAUCAAAUCAAAAGUGAUGUCCCUCCCAACGACACCGUCGAACCCUACCGAUGCAAUUACGGAAGAAAAAGUUCGAAGUUUACUUCAACGUAAACCGAUGACAAUCGGCGAGUUGAUUCAAAUGUUUUUGCCUAAAUUAGAAAGUCAACGAACGAAAGAACUCAAAGAUAGUAUCGUUCAAAAAUUAGCAACAGUUAUAAAGCGAUUAGACCUCGAGGAGAAGAUUAUCAACAAGAAGAAACAUAUUAAAUUGAAGUCAACUUAA